GAUUCGGAUACUGGCUGAAACCACUAUCAGAAGGAUUGGGAUUUUGAAUGAAUUCCAGAUUUUGUGGAGGCUCCGACCGCUGGCUAUUCCUACUUGUAAGGAGGGGACAAGAGAUAUCUAUCAAGACUAAUAGUGAAUCACAAUGGGCAAAGUAGGCAUCUUGAUCAUCCUCGGUGUGCUUAUAGAAUCUGUUCACUGUCAGUGGAAGCACACUCAAGUAUCAGAAUUUGGGUCAGACCUGGGGAUGAAGAUUUUCAAUCAUGUCGUUAAUUCCAAUCCAACAGAAAAUACAAUAAUGUCUCCCCAUGGAAUCACUUCUGUUCUUGGGAUGCUACAACUAGGUGCUGGUGCAAGAACAAGACAACAAUUGAAUAUUGCUCUGAAAUACAACUCUUAUGGUAUUUACAAAAAAAUCAAAAAGAUACAUAAGUCUUUAACUGAGAGCAGAAAUCAGGACAUAGUAACUAUUGCCAAUGGAUUAUUUGCACCCAGUGACUUUGCAAUGGAACAAUCCUUUCUUAGAAAGAUUCAAGUUUUGUAUCAAGCUGCAGUGAGAAAUGUGCAUUAUGAAAAUCCUGUGGAAGCCGCAUCCACAAUCAACUUGUGGACUAGGAAUCAAACUAGAGGUAUGAUUACAAAUCUAAUUUCUCCAUCAAUGCUCAGUGAAACCACCAGGCUAGUGGUGGUCAAUGCACUUUUUUUCAAGGGUUUGUGGAAGUCACGGUUUCUCCCAGAAAAUACGCGCAACAGGGAUUUUUAUGCAGCUGAUGGAAGUGUAUAUCAAGUUCCAAUGAUGUCCCAAAAAGCAACCUUCAGUUUUGGUAUGGCCAUCACACCAACUAAUGUGAAAUAUUAUAUCCUUGAACUGCCAUACCAUGGAGGCACUAUCAGUAUGUUUGUUGUUGUUCCUGAGGAGUAUAAUAUCCCACUUUCUACAAUAACUCCUCACCUUGAUAUACAAUCUAUACAUGCCUGGAAGCGAAUCAUGAGAGAAAAGAAACUUGAUAUUGCUUUACCCAAGUUCACUGCUGAGGCAGAGAUAGACUUGGAGAGACCCCUUUCAGCUCUUGGAAUCACUGAUAUGUUUGAUAGAACUAAAGCAAAUUUUGGGAAGAUUUGCAGAUCUGGUGAACUGUAUGUUUCUCAGGUACUACAAAAGGCUAAGAUUGAAGUGAAUGAAGAUGGAACUAAAGCUUCAGCAGCAACAGCUGCAGUUAUGAUGGUAAAAUCUUUGAGGAUUAUUCCUUCAUUUGUGGUGAACAGACCAUUCAUCUAUAUUAUAUGGCACAAUCCUUCAGGGACAGUCCUCUUUAUUGGACAAGUUUCAAGACCUUAAGCCAAUUUCAAUAGGACACGUUUCAAAUGGUUUUCUACUAUAAAUGCAGGAAAUGUCAAAUUGCUGCCUUCCAAGUGGCUUGGUGAAAUGCAGUGCUAAUAUUUACAACACUGACUUUAAGAAAGGAACAAUGGCGUAUACUCUUUGCUGUGCAUUGAAUGUUUAAUUGUAGUUUUUAUCUUUUAAAGUUGUCUGUAUUCAGUGUCCUCUUAUACAAAUGCAGUAUUGCACCUGAGGAACACUAAGCAUAUGAGGGACUUUUUUUUUUGACCAAGUAUUAUUGGUAGAAAAACAAUUGUGAAAUGUUACAUGAAAAUGUUGAAUUUUAUUUGUUUGGGAUAUGAUCAAAUUGCCUGAGUGAGAAACUAAAUCUUAAAGAUCAGACUUUUUUUUUCAAAGAAAUCUGAAGUGUUUUUCCACAAUUUUGGAUGUACUUCUGUUGUGUAGAACAAGCACCUUUUGAUUUAUGUUGGAAAAUUACCCACCAUCCCCAUUCAUGGAGAUUCUAAAGUUAUUUCAAUUGUAUGAUGUGGGGGAAUGUUUAGCAAACCAUGUAGAGUUGUACGGUAAUUCAUACUCUUCUCCAGGCUGAACUUUAACCAGUUUGGUAAAUACUUUAGGGUAUAAAGUCUAGAAUUUGACAACUAUGAUGUGUAAGUUGCUUCCCAUCUGUCUUUUCAAUAGUAAAAUUUCUAAUUCCUGGAAGCAAGUCAAAUUAUCUGACUAAAUGCUGGAGUAAUAGUAUAUUAAUUCCAACACAAGGAGUUAAAUGUGGGUUGCUGAAUAUUUGUAGCCAGGCCUUGCUAUUUUAAAGAUGUUAUGCAAUUUGAUUGUAAAGAAUGAGUUUAUGCUAAAAUAGUUGUUCAUGACCAAUAACUUCCCUUUUAACUGCUAAUACAAUUGCCCUACCUGGAUGUUGCUGCCUCACCGCUCAUUUGUGGAAGUGCAUAAACAUACUUUGUAUUCUCCUACAUGUAUGGUAUGAAGAUAUUUUAAAUGCUCUUGACUUUUCAUUAUAAAUGGGAGCUCUGGUUUAAGAUGUAGGUUUUUGUGCUGACCUAAUUUUGAAUAGAACACUUGACGUUUCCAUUCAUUUCAUUUUA